UCUAUGGCUUAAUUUGGGAGAGUUGAAUUUUCUCUACGAUCCACACAUCCUGAUCUAAAAUAAUCUUUUCCAUUUUAAGAUUUUUGCUUCUAAGUGUGUGUAUCUACCGCUCACUUAUAGUUUCCAUUAUAAGUAAUUAUUUCUUCUUUUUUUUUCUUUUCUGUUUUGCUGUUUUCUCAAUGAAAUCUUCCCCUCUUCAUGAUCUGUCUCAGCUAUAUAUUGAUUUUGCUGUUUGUUUGUUUGUGAUCAAAAUUGGGUUGAUUCCAUUCAUGAUUUCCACCAAAUUUUUCCUUUAUUGUCAAUGGAUCUGUUUCAUUUCUUGAGUUCCUCCUUAUUCAGAUCGUACAGUUUUAUGAAAUCAUAUGCUAUAGCUCGAAUUGGCGGUCAACCCGAUUUCCGGGGUAGGUAGGAGCAGUUAACAAUUGAAUCGAAUUUUCCCCAUAAUUUUGGUAUCCGUAAUAAUUGUGUGGAAAGAAAGCCUGUUUUGGAUGUGAUAAUUGGCUAGUGUGGGUUGUUACCCUCUAAUUUGUGAGGCAUGGCAGGGCUUAAUGUCUCAGAAUAUGGUCAUAGUUGUGUGCACAAGGCUAUAAUAUUGAAGGAUCAUGUUGGCCUUAAGGAGAUACUUGGAGUUCUCCCAAAACUAGGUAACCCCUUUGAGAUAAAAACUGAGGCUGCUUCAAUAGCUGAGGAUGAGAAAGCUGCAGCCAUCUCAGUUGUGGUGGAUAGGAGGGAUGUGCCACAUGGUGACACCCCUCUUCACUUGGCUGCAAAACUUGGUGACAUUGUUGCAACUGAAAUGCUCAUGGAUGCUGGGGCAAAUGGUAGGUUGAAGAACACGGAAGGAUGGACCGCUCUUAGAGAAGCUAUUAUUAACAAACAGGAUAAAAUAGCAAUGAUUAUGAUCAAGUACUAUUGGAAUGACUAUGACAAAAAAUAUUAUAGAAGGUUGCCUAGGUAUAUAGGGACUGUGAGAAGGAUGAAGGACUUCUACAUGGAGAUUACAUUCCAUUUUGAGAGUUCUGUGAUACCUUUCAUCUCGAGGAUUGCGCCUUCGGAUACUUACAAGAUUUGGAAAAAGGGUGGGAAUAUGAGGGCAGAUAUGACUUUGGCUGGAUUUGAUGGUUUGAAGAUCAAGAGGUCUAAUCAGAGCAUUCUUUUCCUUGGCGAUGGUACUUCAGACGAUGAGCGGAAAUUCCCCGGAUCGCUGUUCAAAGUCUUGCACAAAGAGAAGGAGGUAAUUGUGGCUUCACCUCGUAAAGUUGCCCCCACUGAUAGACAGGUUAAGAACACAUUGGCUAGGAAGUCUAGGUCUGAAUCAGUGAGGGUAGGGAUUGAUGUGAGUCAGGCACUUCUUGUUCCCCAGUUAACAUGGAGGAGAAAGGAGAGAAAAGAAAUGGUGGGGCCAUGGAAAGCUAAGGUCUAUGACAUGCAAAAUGUGGUUCUUAGUGUCAAAUCCAGAAGGAUCCCUGGAGCUCCACCACCCGAGGCCAAGCCAGCUCCCAAGCAAGCUAAUAUGAAGGACAACGAAAAAAUUGAAGACAUUUUGACAGAUGAAGAAAGGAAGCAAUUGGAAGCUGCAAUGAAUUCAUCAGAUGAUAAUGGCCACACUCACAAAAGUAAACAUGCAAAGAAAGAAAAGAAAGGAAGGUCUGGUGGACAUAGAGACCACAACAAGGACAAAAACACCACCAGUGCACAAUCUGCUGAGAUUUCUGUUAACCAAAAGGGUGAAAGCCAGUUUAAGAGAGGGAUGAUGCCUUCUCUUUGGCUUUCCCAAAACUUUCCACUAAAAAUUGAUGAAUUGCUACCUAUGCUUGACAUUCUUGCUGAAAAACUUAAAGCGGUUCGUCGGUUAAGAGAACUCCUUACAACAAAACUUCCAAAGGAAUCCUUUCCAAUCAAGGUUGCCAUCCCUGUGGUGUCCACUGUUAGAGUAUUGGUAACUUUUACAAAGUUUGAAGAAAUGCAACAUGAAAAUGCAGAUGAGUUUGAAUCAGCCCCAUCAAGUCCUACUUCAAGUGACCAAGAGAACCCAGAAGAGGAGCAUUCCUCAUCAUGGUUUGGGUGGAUAAAGACCCCUUCUAGAUCAAGUACAACAAGUGCGGAAUCUAGUAGUAAAAUAUUUGAUGACCAGGACCUGUUUGCUAUUCCCUCUGGUUAUAAAUGGGUUACUAUUGAAGAUAAGUUAAAAAAGAGAGGACUAGAAUAGGAAAAAUGCAUGGAAGUAAAUAGCUAACAAAAGAUUUCAAAUAGGAAUUCUAUAAAGGUGAAUCAAAAGUUGAGGUAAUCUUCUCACCUAAAGGUGAAGUGUUCUCACUUCUCAGGGUAGGGAAAGGUGAGAAAUUAAGGAAAAAUUAAGCAAUAGCUAGAUACAGUUACUUCACAUGUGACUAACACCAACCAUCAUUUGUAAUUGUUGGCCUUAUUUUUAUCACAUCCUUUGUAUUUUUAUCUCAAUUGUAACUGCAAUUUAAAGCUUUGAUUAGGAGAAUCCACACUUUUUUUAUCAACA